CUUCAGUACAGACACCCACACGUCGUUCACCCCAUGGAUAUUUACCCUGUGACUGAAUUUAGCGAAAACACUGUAUAACACACGGCCUUUGACAUGGCUAUUACAGCUGAUCACAUCCGGGAUAAACUGACCAAGGAGCUCGCAGCAGUACACGUGGAUGUGGAGGAUACGUCCCCCAACAGAUGUGCUGCCAGCUACAAAGUCCUGGUGGUCUCCUCCCAGUUUGAGGGGAAAUCACUGCUCCAGAGACACAGGCUGGUGAACACGUGCCUGGCCGAGGAGCUGAAAGAGAUCCACGCUUUCGAACAGAAAACUCUCACACCGGAACAGUGGGAGAAACAGAAAGCACAAUGACGCACACAUCACAUUCUCACACAGGCCUCUGAUAUUGUGAUAUUUAGAAAGAAUACAAGCACUGUCUAUAAAUCGGUAAUAUUAUUAUAAAUGCAAUGAAAUCUUCAGCUGACAAUAAAACACUUGGCUGCUGUA